GUCAAUCAAUCUCAUUGUGAAACGUUUGGCGAGAUUUACAAAUUGAGUCCAAUUUUGUCCUAAUAUUAGAUUCAUUGCAUCCAAACAGUGGUCCAAUUGGUGUCAUCCGAAGACAUGAUUAUUCCGAUCCGUUGUUUCACUUGUGGUAAAGUGAUCGGCAAUAAGUGGGAGCCGUAUCUCAAUCUACUUCAGGCCGAAUACACGGAAGGUGAUGCGUUGGACGCGUUGGGUCUCAAGAGGUACUGUUGUCGACGUAUGCUCUUAGGACACGUGGACCUCAUCGAGAAACUACUCAAUUACGCGCCGCUCGAGAAGUAGACAUCACAGGACCGGUGAUUGGGCACCACUCGAGUCAUUCACAACACUUACCAUUCAUUAGAUGUAUAAAACACUUGUACUCAGCACUCAAUUCAACUUUCAUUGUGUUGGCAAUUAAUGUCAAAUCAAUUAUCAAAUAAAGUAUUGUUUAAAUAAACGUCAAUUUAUUUUAAGAAACA